AUGAAAAACAGAAUUAUAAAUACUGAACGUAAAAAUGAAAAUAAGAAGACACCAUUAAAGCAGGACACAGUAGCACGUUUAAAACUUUCGGACAAGGAAUCCUGCUUUAAUAAUUUCAUCAUAGAAAAAUUCGACAACAUAAAUGACAUUAGUUUAUAUUUGAGGGAAUCCAAUAACAUAGAUGAUAGUGCACAGCAGGUGGUGGGCGACGAUGUGUUUAUGGUUGAUCUUAUGGGAUCUGUCGAUGAGGGGGCGCUUAGGAAUGGUGAUUUAGGAAAUUUCAAUAGGAGUAACGGGAAUAGGAGGGGCAAAACUGGGGGCACUCCCCUCUGGAGGAGUUCCAGAAAUAAGAGCAAUCGUCAUGUCAGUGACAAGAACGUAAUCAGCAAUAGCACCAUUAACAACCACGUUAGUGGUAAUCACAGGGGGGUAGAUCCCUCCAGUAAUAAUCGCUCGAAUAGUGACCACUCCCCGAGUAGCCUCUACCCAGGUGAUCGUCUUGCUGGGGACCAUCAACCUAGUGAGCUCUCCCUGGAUGUCCUCACAAAAAGUAACAAAAAUGGCAUUCUCAGCAGCAGCUAUAAGAGGAAGGAAUUCACAGGAGAUGGUAGAAUCCCGCGCAAGAAGAACAGUGAGACGGAGAAAAUUUUGAGGAACGAUCGCCAUGAAAGAGGGGAAAAGGGAGAGCGGAAGAGAAGAAGCAAAAGUGAUAUCAACCAAAGGGGUAGGAAAAGAAAAAAAAAGUCCAGUGAAGAAAGGGAAUUUAUAAACGCCAAGCCAAGGUUAGGCAUACGGAAUAAUGUGAUCAAUAAGAAUUACUCAAAAGGGAGGAAUAAAUUGCAAACGGGUUCUUCUGUUAGGAAGGAAAAACAACUUAUGAGGGGACAAUUAUCAUCCACUAGCAGCAGCAAUGAUGGAGAAUUCAGAGCAAACAAGUACCUUCUUGACAAAAUAUUUCUGUCCCUGAAAAAGAAGAGUAAUUCGAUGGAACAAAUGAACAACAGUUUUUAUAUUGAAUAUGAUGAGAAUGCUGAUUUAGACGUUGAUGGAGAGUCGGGCACAGAUUUAGAGGUAACUGGGGGAGGUACAACAGCGGGCGGUUUCUCCGCUGGUGCACCUUCUGGCUUCCUUGCUAAUGUUAAAUUAUCUGCUUCUGACGGUGUUACGGGAGGGGCGGCUGUAGCAUCCCCCGAUGGAGUCUCUAGUUCCUACGCAGACAAUGCACUGGACGAAUACUACCCACCCGAGGAUCAGAAAAACCUGCUUCUCAGAAAAAACAAUUAUCACACAUAUUGCAACAGAAAUAGGACGCAUAAAAAGAGUAACGUAAACCAUUUGUACAAAAAUACUAAUAUUAAUUAUAAGGACCAGCAAGCAGGUAAUUUAAAGAAUGGGAAAAUUUUCCCCUACUCCAAAAGUGGCAGUAACAAUGUAGAAUAUGACUGCAUAGGUUUUGUGUGUGAUGAAGAAUACAUGUGCCAAAAUCUGCACUUUGAUGAAAAUCACGUUGAAAGUCCAGACAGAAUAAAAUGCAUUAUAAAAGCAUUGAAAGAAAAAAACGUAAUAAAUAAAAUGGUUCAAAUAAAAUGCAGAGAAGCACUAUAUGAGGAAAUUAAAGAAUGCCAUACGAGUACACAUAUCAAUAAUAUCUUUUACGCCCUAAAGAGGAAAUUAAAGUACAACAAGAAGGAUGUUAUAUAUCCCUUUGAUAAACACGAUACAUAUUAUACGUUGUACACGGGUACAGUUUCGAAGAGGGCCGUUGGGGGAUUGCUAAAUCUCUGUGAUGUUAUUUUAUCUAAUAAAAAUGAAAAGUUUAAGUACAUUGAUUUUAAGAAAUCCUUCGGAUAUAAUUAUAACUUUUACAACAAUAUUCCACCAAAUGGAGGAAGAAGAUUCGGGUGGAACAGAAUUAAUCACAACAGUAAUUUCAAACGCUCCAUGUCGGAGAGCAACCUGUACAUGAUGAGUCGGUUCGACUCGCGCGACAGCCGGAGUUGCGAUGACAGCGGUGGGGUAGGUCAUGUUGGUGGUGUAGGUCAUGUUGGUGGUGUAGGUCAUGUUGGUGGUGUAGGUCAUGUUGGUGGUGUAGGUCAUGUUGGUGGUGUAGGUCAUGUUGGUGGUGUUGCGGACCUCAGCCGUAACACCAAAAAUAAGCAACUUUCCAAUGGAACUGCUAAAAGGGGUACUCAUAAAUCUGUUAGUACGUCAAACUACUGCUACGGCUGGAACCACGCCGAGCGUGCGAAGCCUCCAAAUGAGGUACCUUCCACCCUCGAAGAACCUACCAAGGAUGGGAGUAUCGCCUGCGUCCGUGAUGCCAAGUUGACUGAUAGAGCUACCUCAUCGGAGCUACCACAGGGAGAUACCCAAUUAGCUAACAUGGUUGAGAAAAGGCACCCGAUGAUUAAUCCUCAGAAUAACCCCUUGAAUAGGGAGGAAGUGCCCAUUUUUAACAAACAGUUUAGGAGCUACUCAACCUCCAUGUGUAGCGUUAAGGAGUGCACAAGCAGUAGCAACGCAUUCACCGACAUCAACUGCGGAUUCGCUGCUAUAAGACCACCUGGACACCACUGCAGUAGAAAUAGCCCUUCCGGUUUUUGCAUAUUCAACAACAUCAGUGUAGCGUGCAAAUAUAUUUUUAAAAAAUAUGGAAUAAGGAAAAUAUUCAUUUUCGACUGGGAUGUGCACCAUGACAACGGGACGCAAGAAAUAUUCUACAGUGACAAAGACGUCUUGUGCUUUUCCAUUCAUAGGUUUGAUAAAAAGAAGAAUGAUGGGAAGAAGAAGAAAGGUGAGGGAGCUGUCAACAAAGGCGCAAACUCCACUGCUGGAGGAGGAACGACCAAUGGUGAAAAGGGGAAAAGUAGCAAAGGCAAGAAGGGAGAAAUCAACAAAGGUUCGAAUAAACCGUUUAAGGCGGACACUAAAGGCUCCUCUAUAUUGGAUCCCAUCUUGGACUCAACACAGGGUACCUCAUCAACUACACACGACAACAGAAAAGUUGCUACUAUUUCCAGCGAAUUUCCAAGUAAUGCCACACAAAUAGAUGACAUGAAAAAGAAGAAGAAAAAGAAGACCAAAGAAAAAGGAACGAAAGAGAAAAAGAAUAUCAAAACCUAUGAAGAAAAUUUAUUUUAUCCUCGCACAGGAGCGAAAAAUGAAUUAGGAAGUAAAAGUGGUUACAAGUUUAAUAUCAAUGUUCCUCUCGAAAAAGGUUACAACAAUUGCGAUGUUUAUUACGUAUUUAAAUAUCUACUCCUUCCUGUAUUGGAGAAUUUUCAGCCUGAGUUUAUUUUCAUAUCAUGUGGGUUCGAUGCUUCUAUUAAGGAUCCCCUUGGGGAGUGUAACCUCACACACAAUUUUUAUCAAUGGAUGACUUUGCAGUUAAAAAAUUUUGCCGAUAUUUUCUGCAAAGGAAGAAUUAUUUUAGUUUUAGAGGGAGGGUACAAUUUGAAUUACCUUCCCAAGUGCACCCUAGCGUGUAUCAAGGCGUUAAUCAAAAAGAACAGAAAUAGAAAGAAGGAGUACCCCCUCCAACGCAACUACCAAUGGACUAGGAAUACAUUCACCGAUGGGGGGAUGAUUACAAAGGGAGGUGGAUUAUCGACUGUUACACCCAAUAAUGGAGUUCUCUCAAUAAAGGAAGCCCUCACGGAGGGUGUUCAAACUAGUGAACGAAACGGUUCACCGGGCGGGUCACCAAACGAAUCAUCAAGCAGAGACGAAAUGACCCCCUCAAGCGAUUCCACAUUUAACAAGAUGCAGAAUUGGAGGCAAAUAAAGCAUGGAUGUGUUAUUAAUAACAACAACAAAGAUAAAGACCACGUUAAUUUUUACAAGUUCAAAUGCUAUUCAAAUUAUAAAACUUCAAAUAUGCAUGUCAAACACGUGGAAGGCAGGACAUACACUAGUAGCAUGACAUCCAAGAAGAAGGAGCUCAUCACAAUGGGGAUGCUGCACUACUCCACGUACAAAGUAAUAAAAUAUUUUCUGUGUAUCCUCAAGGGGGAUCCAUUCCACCUUAAUAUUAAAUUGCCACCGUACAAUUCUUUUUUAAAAAAAAAAGGAUUAGAAAAUAAGAAAUCAAGUCUUGAAAGGAAAAUUAGCAUAUUCAAAAAGGUAGAUGUUCGAUCAGAUCAUCCUCGCCUUGACGGAAGUAGUUACUCCCAUUAUGGAGAAGGACAUGAUCAGAAUGAGUUCCAUAGUGGGGAGGGUGGUAGCCAUGAGGACCCUCCAUAUGAUGAAGAGGAUGGUGGAAUCAUGAAUUCUUACAUGAAGAAAAAAAUAAAGCAAAUGAACAGAUACAACGAAACAUACAAAAAGCAAUACUCUAUGUCAUCCACUACCAUUUCGAACUUGUCACACAGCGAUCUCUAUAUUUCGAACGACGAAUUUGAUUACGACAGCUCAGACAGUAGCAGGAGCAGUAAAAGAAAAGUUAUCUUACUGAAUAAGCUAAAAUUGAAAAUAAGUAAAAACGGCAAUAGUAGUAGUGCACCCACGACAUCUCGACCCUUGCCUAAAGGAGAAAAAAGCAAAAAGCACCAGAGGAGGAAGCCAAAGCAAACAUUUUCCAUUCAUAGGAGUAACAAAAAGCAGCUUAACGGAGUAGAAUUAUGGGACCUCACCAAUGUCUCUGACAAGGAUGACAUAAUAAACGUCAGCGAUCACAAUAUCAGUGAAGGGGAUGGCCGGAAAGGUAUAAUCGAUGGAAAUGGAACCUCGGUGUCUUCCAAUUUGAUUCUAGCCCAGCGUCCUCCCUACAAAAGUGAUCAUCAUGACGACCAUCUUGGCUUCGAUCUAACGAACUUGAAGUACUGUCAAGACCAACUGCAGAAAUCCUUCACCAUGUAUACCCAGAGAAAGAAAGGGUUCAUAUUCUUCUAUGGUAGUGGACACAGAAAUCAAUGGAUCUUACCUGCUCAUCAGAAAAUUACGCGCAUAAUUAAGCUCUGUUCUGAUUUAGAAGCCUAUUUUUAUGCCUGGCUCUAUCUAUGUUGCGAGAUAAAAAUCAGUAUUUCGGCCACGAUGGAGGAUUAUGCUUCCAUCCUCGAAGGUAAGGUAACCGUCGAGGGCCUCCCUCUAAGUCUUCAUUCAUCCGAAGAGAAGAAAACACAAGCCAGAGAGCUGUUAAAAUUUACUGUCCCGUGUUAUCAUUCCUUUUUAAGGAAAACGCAAUUGCUACAGCUGGGCUACCAGGAAGGGGCUCCUCAAAACUUUCAAGUAGAGAACAUUGUAAAGGAACGUAGCGAAAGUAGUGGCGAGAAGGAUGCAACAGAAGGUAACCACCAAUGGAAGACACAAUCCAUAGAUGGUGGAUUACACCACAAGGAAAAAGGAAAAAGAAACCAUGAUGGUAACUUAAAGGAUAACUCGAAAAAUAAUGUCGUGGUGCUAAAUUCUGGUGAAAAUUGUGCAAGCCAAAAUGUGGAUUAUAAAGGCGGAAGUAGCCGUUCGUUCAAACUAUGUAUGAAGGGAAAAAAUAUGAGGGAGCAGAAACAAAAUGGCAGUGUGACCGAUAAAGCAAGAGGAACAAAACAGCAUGAAACAGUUUUAGAAAGUGAAAAAAGUAAAACGGCCAUAUCUUUAGCCAAUGUGCUAAGUAAAAUGAGACACCCAUGUGUCAUGGAUGUAAAAAUGGGGGUUAGAUUAUAUGGUGAUGACUGUGAUGAGGAUUCUAUACAGAAAAAAAUUCAAAAGGCAAAGAGCAGAUCGUGUCUGUCGCAUGGAUUCCAUUUAACAAGUGUAAUAGGUUGGGACAAAAAAAAAGAAGAACCCUUUUUUAUAUCAAAGGAGGAUGCUCAUUCGAUAAAAACUGAUGAUGAUUUUGUCGAUGCAUUUAUGUCCUACUUUUUAGCAUGUGAUAAUGUACACCUAUCCAAAAUGUUGCUAAAGAAGCUGCUUCUCGUCCUAGAGCACAUGAAAGCUUUCUUUGAAUCUCAACAGCUAUUUGCCUUCUACGGAACUAGCUUGUUAUUUGUUUUUGAUUCGGAUCCCUCCAAGAAUAAAGGCGAUGGUGAGGGGGAUGCCGAGGUGGCAAAAAAUUCAACUAACGAAGUGAUAGACCUAACUGAUGUGAACAGCGCCAGCCUAGGAAUUCACCCAGAAGAAGAAAGAAGCAACAAAACGGAAAAGGGAGAUCACGAAGAUAUUUUCAACUUUAAGGAAAAAAUGCAGAAAAUUUUUGAAGACUCUCUAACUUCGGAAGAAAGGGAAAUAUACAUGCAGAAAAAAUUAAAUUACAAAAUUUUGAAAAGCGCCAACAUAUACAUAAUUGAUUUUGCCCAUGCUAGUUUGAAUAGGAAUGAAAAGGAUCAGGGGUUCCUCCUGGGAAUAACAUCCCUUCAUCGUGUCAUGAGAAAAACAAUUCAAAGGAUCGAGGCCCUUUAUCUUGCCUAG